GAGAGAGAGAGAGAGAGGACGAACGUAGCACAAUAUAUGAGAGCAUACUGUCAGUGCUAUUGCAUUUAUCUGCAUGGCUGCUACAGAUGUAAACACAUAUCCUAGUGAGGAGAUGAGGACUCUCUCUCUCAGCGGUCAUGUCGGUUUUGACGGUCUUCCUGAUCAGCUGGUCAGCAAAUCAGUGAGCCAAGGAUUCAGCUUCAACAUUCUCUGCGUGGGUGAAACUGGCAUAGGCAAAUCUACAUUAAUGAACACACUAUUUAACACAACCUUCGAGAGUGAAGAGGCCAGCCACUUCCAGAGCGGGGUGCAUUUACGCCACAGAACAUACAGCCUGCAGGAAAGCAAUGUGGAUUUGCAGCUAAGCAUUGUAGACACUGUGGGAUUUGGCGACCAGGUUAAUAAAGAAGAAAGUUAUAAACCUAUUGUGGACUACAUUGACUCCCAGUUUGAAAACUUCCUUGAAGAAGAGCUUAAAAUUAAACGCUCCCUUUACAACUAUCAUGAUUCACGCAUCCACAUCUGCCUCUAUUUUAUUUCUCCCACCGGUCACUCACUGAAAUCUCUGGACUUAGUUACCAUGAAGAAACUGGACAGCAAGGUCAACAUUAUUCCCGUCAUAGCGAAGGCAGACACUAUAUCCAAGAACGAGCUUCAAAAGUUUAAGAUCAAGAUCAUGCGUGAACUGGUCAGCAAUGGUGUUCAGAUCUACCAGUUCCCAACAGAUGACGAAGCUGUGGCUGAAAUAAACUCUUCUAUGAAUGCACAUCUCCCUUUUGCUGUGAUUGGAAGCAGUGAAGAGGUUAAAAUUGGGAACGAAAUGGUGCGAGCCAGAGAGUACCCAUGGGGAGUGGUACAGGUGGAGAACGAGAGUCACUGUGACUUUGUAAAGCUGAGAGAGAUGCUAAUUCGUGUCAACAUAUCGGACCUGAGGGAACAGACCCACGCCAGACACUAUGAGCUGUACCGCCGCUGCAAACUGGAGGAGAUGGGCUUCAAAGACACCAACCCUGACAGCGAACCCUUCAGUCUGCGGGAAACAUAUGUGGCCAAGAGGAGAGAAUUUAUUGGUGAGCUACAACUCAAGGAGGAGCAGAUGAGACAGAUGUUUGUCAACAAAGUGAAGGAGACAGAAGCAGAACUAAAAGAGAAGGAGAGAGAGCUGCAUGAAAGAUUUGAGAUGCUGAAACGAACACAUCAGGAGGAGAAGAGGAACCUAGAGGAGAAGCGUAGAGAUUUAGAGGAGGAGAUGAACACCUUCUACAGCAGGAGAGUGGCUGCUGAAACCCUCCAGUCUUUUCAAGGCUCUUCUGCCUUCAAAAAAGACAAAGAGAAGAAAACGUAAGCCUCCUCCUCCUCACUUUCAUUCCCAUUUCAACCUCUGAGACUGUCUGUUCCCAUCUCUGGUAGUCACCAUCUGUGAAUGAGACUGAUCUGUGUCUGCAUUCACAAGCGUCUGAGGUCUUUUUGUUUGUCUGUGUUGGCUGACCGUCUUCAGGGCAGAGCUUCAAUGCUGUAAUAUUAAAGCACACUGGCAGACAGGAUCUUGGCAUGUUUAAGGAUAGAGAGAUAGAUGAUGACACUAGUUGCCUGGUACUGCCAGCUGUCGGAUCAGCAUGCGUUUACGCCCCCUGAUGAAGUGUUUGUAAUUGUUUGCACUCACUUUGAAUAAAAUGAGCGUUAGAUUGCUUGAAAUAUGUAUUAGUGCUCUUGGUUGGUUGCCAGUGGUUGGCAACAUUAUUUUUUUAAUCUAGCUGAUUUUAUGUAUGUUUAUUAAACAUUUUAUUUUCAGUUAACUGGCAAUUCAAGGAAGCAUCAACAUCAGUAACUGCUCAGUAAUUUUACCAGUCGCACCAGCUUGUCAUGC